AUGUUCGAAAGGAAGAGACCCGAAGCCUUGAAGAGCCCCAUGUCAUCCCACACUGAGGCCAAUUUCGUCCAUAAUGACAUCAACAGCCAUGUCACACAUGUUCAGCCAUCUACUAAUGGAGCCAAUUAUGAUGUCCUCACUGGGUCCUACAUCGAAGCCGGUCAACGCAUGAAUGCCAGAAUCCCGUACCACCAGCCUACUUCGGCCAUGGAUGGCGUCCCUCACGAGCAAGAAGGCUUCACGCCCGUUAGAGCUGCUGCCCGUGUACGGCGACAAAGCUCUCUUGAUGACGAACCUUCUUCAAGAGCCAAGAUGUGGGAUCCAGUCAAGGAUUGUAGUGACCCAAACACUGGCGAAGCGGACCUCCCUGGUUUCUCUCCAGCUCCCGACAACAGCAGUGAACGACUCACGGACUCAACGAUCAGUGGCGUUGCUCCAAUGGGGCUCCACUUCUGCCAUGGUGAUCACUUGUAUGGUCAAGCCCAAGACAACCGACAGCAAUUUGCAACGAGAGGAGCUUCGAUGGGCCUACUCACUUAUCCUCAACCACAUGCCAUGGCCUCGGGAUCUCAAGGGAGUGCUUCGAUGGGCUCCCUGCCGUUCCAAGGUGGUCAUCCGUUUGACCAAUUCCAGGGCAGCCGUCAACACCAAUCUAGGUAUGAAGGUCUUACGAUCUUACCUCCCCAUCUCAGAGAAACAUCAGUGCAGAAUGGACAACAGUCCUUGGAGUCGAUAACCAGAGGAGCUGACUUGAUGGGCAUGCAACCGCAUUUACCCGGUUGUCUGCAUGGUCAUUCCCAAGAGAACGGAAAAGGAUUUAAGGACAUGGAAUCCAGGAUGCCUAUUUCGAUGGCCUCUCACGAAUCAGGACGUCCUCCGCGUUCAUCUCCUUCAACAAGUUCCAACCCAUCAACGCAAAAGAGUUCAGACUCCCAACAAGCUAAUCGUCUGCAGCGUCAAGAUCCCUCGGUCAGUAUGUUCCAAGCAUGGAGUGUUGCACGCUACGCACAAUCAAUGGACCAACAGUCCAAUUACACAGAAGCCGUGCAUGGGUACGAGCAAGCCUGCGUUUUGUUGCAAGAAUUGAUCAUCAGAAGUUGGAGCUUCGAAGAACGAAUGGAGUGUAAUAAAGCUCGCAACAUCUACCAAGCGCGUCUUGACGUGCUAUCGCGAGUGUUAGCAGCGAAUCAAAAGCAUACGCUGCUGGAACAGGAUGACCAACAGGAGGAUGAUGGCCAGGGCGGAGGAAAGCCCCAGUACUCACUAUUCGAGGAUUGGGCGCUCUGCCACAAGGACGGAGAAGAUCUAAGUUGGCAGGAAGUUGCUGAAAAGCCUAUGUUUAAAGGCAAACGUAAGCAUCGAUCCUUAAGCCAACGCAAACACACCAUCGGCAAGAUGGGUCCGAGUUAUCACGAAGCAGAAAAGCCCUGGACUGAGGAGGAGAACCAGAAACUCUGCGCGUUGGGUGAUGCGGGAAAGACGCUUGGGGAUAUCCACCGAAAAUUCCCUUCUCGCAACGCCGAGCGUUGUCUGAAUCAAUACUUCCAUUUGAAGGGUCACAAUAUCAUUGGCAGGAGUGAUACUCGUACAUCUCACCAAACUCCAGAACUGUAUCCUCUCAGCACCCAACACACGCAUACAUCAAGUGUCGUUGCAGGGCAUCGAGCAUACUGCCUCCACUCAAGUGCUUCGGUUAUCGAUCCGGUCUCCCACCGCCAGAGUAUAGCUACUGCUCCGCAGCAAAGCCACCCAGGUUCACCCACUUCCAGUAAGAACAUCGCUUCAAUCUUCGCGCCAAGGUGCCAGACACCUGGGACGCCUGCUUCUUUAUCGUCCUUCACCAGCGGCGAAGCUGCCAACUACCCUACGGCCCCAUUGCCUUUGAACAACGCGGCUUUCGCUGCAACACUCACACCCAGAACUCAAGGCUCCUUCAGACCUUCAAGACAGCCGAGGUUAGCAGGUCAAUCUUCAUCCUCAUUCCAUUCAGGCGCCAAAGGCUCCAACUAUCCUACGCCCUCUAUGUCUCUUGACAACCCACUUUCUCGGGAAGCAGUCGGCAACGAGAGCACUGAUGGGCUGCUCACCUCAAGACACCAAAGGCCUGCGACGUCAUCUUCGGUCAACACUCCCACCGAUUCAACCCCUCCUACGUCCGUGACGACGUCCCCUCCGCCCGAAAUCCACGACCCUCCAGACUGUCAGAGUGCGGCCGCCAACGGAGUCCGGAAGUCUCGGCGAACCGCUCAUCCCGAAACACCCUAG